AUGCAGAGUGGAAAACUCUUCCACAUCUUCCUUACCUGCUACUCUCCCUACCCUAGUGCCUCACAUAGUAAACAAUUUGCCUGGAAUUCAGGAGACCCAGGUUUGAUCCCUGGGUCAGGAAGAUCCCCAGGAGAAGGUCAUGGCAACCCUCCCCAGUAUUCUUACCUGAAGACUCCCAUGGGGAUGUCCACGGGGUCACGAAGAGUUGAAAACAACUGUGUGACUAACACACACAUCCUCCCUUCCCUACUCUGGACUCUCCAAACCAUGGAGCCCAGCAAAGAUUCCUCAAAAUCCAGUCUAAUUUUUGAUCAACAUUUUGCUGAUUUGUUUGCUUAUAACUUAAUGAUUGCCUAUAACCUCAGAUAUGCAGAUGACACCACCCUUAUGGCAGAAAGCGAAGAGGAACUAAAGAGCCUCUUGAUGAAAGUGGAAGAGGAAACUAAAAGCUGGCUUAAAACUCAACAUUCAAAAAACUAA